AUGGACCUUUGCGCCUCCCUCCGGGAGUUCCGAGCAGAUUUUUUGGCAUGGCUUACCGCGUUGGUAAGUUUUGGGCUGACACGCUCCCUGCUGCUCCCCAUGCUCUCGCCAGCCAAGAAGAUCAUUGAAACACAUGACGAGGACGACGAGGACGAUGCCAAGGAGGUCGAAGAGAAGGUGGCCGACACCAAGACCACUCCAGUGCAGCAAGGAGGCAUGGAGAUCAAGCUGGAUGUGACCAACCCCGUGAUGAUCCAACGCGCACGUGAGCAGAUUGAAGAAGCCGAGAAACGGGCAGAGUUGAUCAAGAAUGCCCAGCCAGAUCAUAGGGACGUCUUUGGAUGCACUUCCCUACACCUGGCAGCCCACAAUUGCCAUAUGGAGGACGUGAUUGAGCUGCUGAAGAGGGGCUUCGACGUGAACGCGCAGGACUCACACGUCGAAGUGCCUGAGAAAAUCCGAGUCACUGCUGACACGGGCAUCAAUGGCGUGCUGGAAGCCCACAACUUGCUGGUGGAGAAAGUGCUGAAAGUCAAUAAGGACUUGGAGGACUUUAAGAAAAGCAUCGCUGACAGCACCGAGGAGCAAAAGAAGGACUUGGCCAACCGCUUGGAAGCGCUCGAGGCUGGCGUGGACGCCAAGGGCAAAGCGCUGAAGACCGUGGAUGAGAAGUUGGCUGCCCUGGAGAAAUCCUCUGAGGCGGAAAGGAAAGCUUUGCGCCAUUCCAUUGACGAGAUAAGCAAUCACCAGGCCGAGCUGAAGAGUCGUACGCUCCCAGACUGGGAAGCUGGACUUCGUGCAGACAUCAACAGACUGCGGGAGGACAUCAUUGGCAUCCAGGGAGAGCUCAAGGAGCGGUUGGAGAAAGCCGAGAAGGCGGCAGAAGAGCUACAGGAGAUGCUGAACAAGGAUGAAGGCUUCAAAAUGGCUGGGGUUCUGCAGAGCCAGGUGAAUUCGCUGGAGGCCUUUGUAAAGAAACAGGAUCAAAUCCUGACGGCAGCAUACAACAGUCGUUUGGAGCAGCUGGAGACUGCUUUGCGGCAGUCGGACUACGAGCGAGUAAUCUUCAGCGAACGUGUGGGCCAGGACCUGCAGGGCAUGUCCCAACACCUCCGUGGCUUUGCUUCGUUGCUGACGGACAUCUCCCAACACCUGGAGCAGUUGGAUGGACAGGAUGGCGGCGGGCUGCGGAAGGCAAUGGGGGCUAUUGGGCAGGUGCAAGUGGAGGUGGGCUCACUCAAAGAAGUGACGUCCAAACUCCGCAAAGACUUCGAGGCCCGAUCGGAGAAGACGGAAGCGAGCCACGCGGCGAGCAUGUCCAGCCUGGGGUCCAGAUACAGCGAAUUUGAGAAGGCGUUAAAGUCGGAGGUUGAACGUUUGAGUAAGUCAACCAAGGAGGUGGAACGAAUACAACGGCUGGAAGCAGAAAUGAAACACGAGAGGGAAGAACGACGCAGCUUAGUCACCAGGUUCGAGAAGGAGGAACGCGAGCGAGUGGAGAGCUGGCAAAAGCGCAGCAGCGAGGUGCAACACGUGGACACUUCCGCUGUCGACUCAGUGAGGAAAGAAUUGGAAGAGCUGAAGUUGGACUUCCAAAGCCUCCUGAUGUCGGAAGAUCAGCGGAUGAUGGAUGCAGCUCGCCUGGAAGCUCUGGUUCGAGCACUGGAAGAUCGGGUUUGGCCCUGGCGUCGCAACUCCAAAGAUCCAAGCCGUAGCCCCACCCGCAGCCCUUCCCCGGGACCCCCGGGGCCUCCGGGGCCUCCGGUCACCGUGGAAGUGGAGAUCCCUUCCAAUCCCUGGACCACGGCAGACUUGGACUUUUGGACCUUUUUGUGGUGA